AUGGCGGAUAUAGACAAGGGCCUACUUACAACGACAUACCAGGAUGUAAAGAAGAUGUUCCCCAAUGUUGAGGUGGUGCCUAUCCAAAUGGAUGUAAGGGACCAGGAGCAAGUGCGCAGAGGAAUCGCCGAAACUGUUAGCGCGUUUGGCAGACUGGAUAUCGCCGUCAACAAUGCUGGCAUAGGUGGUUCCGGCAAACUCACGCAUGAAGCGGAAUACGAAGAUAUUGAGAGGGUGUUGGACGUCAAUCUUCACGGUGUGUAUAGGUGCCAGAAGGAAGAGUUAGCCGCUAUGAUCAAACAAGAGUAAGUUUCGGAAAGGCCUUGUACUCCAAAGAGACACAACCUAAACAGAAACGAAACCCCAGAGACCACGGGCCGAGAGAAGGCCGCGGGAGCAUUAUCAAUGUGACAUCUAUUUACGGCUUCGUUGCUCCAAAUCCCUGGAUCGCACAAACAGCCUACACAGCAGCCAAACAUGGUAAGUAUCUCUUUAUGAAGCAUCUUGUCUAUCUUACAGCUGCUUACUUACUAAUGCUAUACAUAGGCGUCAUUGGCCUAACGAAAGGAGACGCAAACGCGUAUUCUCAAUACAACAUCCGCAUUAAUGCCAUUGCGCCGGGCUACAUUGGCACACCUCUCGAUGCUUCAUCAGUAGAGACAACCAAUCCAUAUGCGCCCUUGAUUCAAGACCUUGGACGGACGCCUCUACAAAGAAUCGGCCUGCAAGAAGAAUGCGCAGAUGCUAUUGUUCUGAUGGCGUCGCCAAUGAAUAGUUACAUGCAGGGCGCUGUGCAGGUGGUUGAUGGAGGCUUUACAUCAAAUUAG